GCAUUUCAUAGUAAUACAUUGAAUGGAGGGCGAUGUCAGUCAGCUUGAUAGCCGUAGACAGACAGACAGACAGACACAGUCGGUCAGUCAGUCAGUCACCGCCCGCCAACUAAAUGCAAUCAAUGCAGCCAGUCAUCUCUGUCCGUCGACAUGCACGUCUACGGCCACGCGUUGUCGUAUUGGUUGGCAUCUUCCUCCGCCACCCUACCUAGAGAAACGCGUCAGCCCCUUUACCGACUCCCUUGUGUUGUCUGCUAUACCAGGCGUAUGUACUCCCUUGUGUUGUCUGGCACCGUUGGCUCAUUCCGCUUCCACUUUGCGGCCAGACUCCCCCCACCGCAAGGGACCCGGCAGGUCUUCCUGCGAGCAACCCGGGAUGGGAGGAGGGGGACAGACAACGCGAAAGCAGAAGGAACCAAGCAUGUGACUCAUCCCCUCACUCAAUCGACGGUCGCCGGCACAGAAAAGCCACCCAACCCACAGCCUGCCUGCCCCCCGCUAACCUCUUCACACACAUACAAACGCAGCGUACCGACCCCUUAGCUUAAACCUCAACCCAUCCUUCCCUUCCCCCCACUCUACGUAUAUGUGGAUGCUCAUACGCUGGGUGUCCUCCGUGUGAACAUCUCCACCCCCCGCCCGUCAGCUCCGCUCCCAUGCUCGGCGCGAUACUCCCUGAAGAGGACAUAGCCGUAGACAAGGGCGCCGACGAUAGAGAGGGCGAAGACCACCCAGAAGAGCGUGUGCGUGCGGUCGAUGAGGUACGCGAACAGCCACACCAACGCCACGAUGCCCAGCACUAUCAGAGUCCGCUUCCAAUUCUGACACACACACACACACACACCAAGAAGAGACUGUGGUUGCGAGUUCCUGCAUGCCUCCUCUCUGUGCCGCAUCACCACGGCUCCCUCACCUGCCAGAGCAUGUGCCUCUCGAGUUGCCGGCUGCGUGAGCUGAACUCGGUGGAUGUCUGGGUGAGAUCGUCGCUCUUCUCGAGCAGCUGCUCCACCGCCUCGCCACGCUCCGUCAUCUUGACGAUGUUCUGGCGCAUCACGUCCACCGUGGCAUCUGCAUAACUCACCCCAUGCACCACAUGACAUGGACAAACAGGGAUGGCCGCCUGCGUCUGGUGUUUCGUUCGUUUGAUCCUCUCCCUGCCUACCUAUUUGGCGCUGCACCGUGCCCAUGGCCGACUCGCCGGCCUGCGGGGGAGGCGCUGUGGGCGGCGACGUCAUCUCGGUCACAGAUCGAUGCUGCAGGUUCAAUCAAUGGAUGCAGCGGCUCGUAUUAAUUGCGACACAGACUCAAGAUCGAGUGCUACGGUUGGUUUCCCUUCCCCUGCGUUCCCUUCCCUUCUUCCAUCUCUG